AUGGGGAUUAUGGAAACAGCAGCCUGGCAAGAGAAGGCUGCCAAAGGCAAAUGGCACAGCCGCGCCGUUGAAAGCCAAGUGCAUGUGGAUGAGGCGAAGAUCGACAGCGGCGGUCGAUGUGCUGCAGUGUUCUAUGAAGAACAGCCAACAGCCAAGCCGAUAAACGGCGCGCGUUCCGAGGAGUGGCUUGAAGACCAAGGGCCAGAGAGAACGUCGCCCGCACGUUUGACCACUGAGAUGCAUAUUGCCGAUCAGAGCCCCCUUCGGGGUUGA